AUGGACAACAACCAGCUGCGGCUGCGACAAGCCGUCGCCGAAAAGGUGUUUGGUUUCGAAUUGCAAGAUAAAUUGACCGCGAAGAAGAAAGAAUUGGCCGACUUGCAGGAACGGAAUGCGGCGCUUAUACGGGACAAUGUGCUUCAUCCGCUGGAUCCUCUUGCGACUGGGCCAGGCCCGGCCGGCUUGGCGAAGAUUGACGCAGCAGAGGAGCGAUGCGCUCUGCUGCAGAAGGAGCUUGACGGCGAAGGCGGCAACGCCGGGCUGCGAGAGAUCACCCGACGUCUCGAGAAGGAGAACCAGGUCCUCAGGGAGGCGUACGAGGGCGACGAAAGACUGCUUUCAAGGUAUACCGCCUUGGAGCAGGCGAACAAUGAGCUGGCUGCCAGGUACAAGCGCCUGGAGACAGAACAUCAGGGUGAGGAUGGCGACAGGGGUCUUCUCUCCGAGCACAACACCCUAAUACAAAGACACGAAGGUCUCACUGCCCGGUUCAAUAGGCUGGAAGUGAAGUAUCGUGGCAACGAUGGUAAGGGAGGCUACAUAUUCUAA